AUGGCUCAAAACCAUUACCAAUGGGGAAGCGAAAGAACUCCUAUGGAGAAGUCUCAAACAAAAGGCGGAAUGUACGAAAUUAGAAGCUUAGACAAAUUCAAUGCUAAGAUAGAUGCCCUUACCCAAAAGAUAGAAAGCUUGACCAUGCCUCCCGCAGCCACCGUGGCUGCCAUAACUCCAAACUACGAACUAUGCGGAGUUUUUGGACAUGCUGCCCCUGAAUUUCAAAUUUUGGCAGGAGUCGCAGUUGAUCAAGUUAACUAUGCUCAAAGUAAACCAUAUUCAAAUACCUACAAUCAUGGUUGGAAGAACCACCUAAAUAUUUUGUACAAGAACAACAACGCUUUGUAUGCACCUGGCCAAACACCUGCCAUACCACCAGGAUAUCAAAAACCCGCUGCAACCGUUCCUAACAUUCCUUGGAAGUCUAACCUAGAAAUAUGA